CCGGAGCGGCUCCUCAGCGUUUGCGCCGGCCGCCGUCGCUUCUUCUCUCGGCUUCCCCGCUUCGUGGACCCCCCCGGGCCGGCGGCGGCGCCCGCCUCCUCCGCAGCCACUCCGCCUCUUCCCUCCCGCCGUCCCUUCCUCCUCUCCCUCUUCCUUCCUCCUUCCCUCGCCGCCGCCGCCGCCGCCGCCCAGGACCGCCGGCCGAGGGGCGCGCUGAGGGCAGCAGCCAGGUAGAACUUUAGACUUCAUAGCCCUGAAUUAACCUGCACUGAAAGCUGUUUACCUGCAGUUGUUCACUUUUAUUGAAAGUGACCAUGUCUCAAGUUCAAGUGCAAGUUCAAAACCCAUCUGCUGCUCUCUCAGGGAGCCACAUACUGAGCAAGAACCAGUCUCUUCUCUCACAGCCUGUGAUGAGUAUUCCUCCUCCUGCUAGCUCUCUGCCCUCUGAAAGUGCAGGUAGACCCAUUCAGAACUCUGCUUUACCCUCUGCAUCUGUUACAUCUGCCAGUGCAGCUGCAGAAAGCAUAACCCCUACUGUAGAGCUAAAUGCCCUGUGCAUGAAACUUGGAAUAAAGCCAAUGUAUAAGCCUGUUGACCCUUACUCUCGGAUGCAGUCCACCUACAACUACAACAUGAGAGGAGGUGCUUAUCCCCCGAGGUACUUUUACCCAUUUCCAGUACCACCUCUGCUUUAUCAAGUUGAACUUUCUGUGGGAGGACAGCAGUUUAAUGGCAAAGGAAAGACGAGACAGGCUGCGAAACACGAUGCUGCUGCUAAAGCUUUGAGGAUCCUGCAGAGUGAGCCACCGCCCGAGAGGCUGGAGGUGAAUGGAAGAGAAUCAGAAGAGGAGAAUCUCAAUAAAUCUGAAAUAAGUCAAGUGUUCGAGAUCGCGCUUAAACGGAACUUGCCUGUGAAUUUUGAGUCUUUCCCUCUGACACAGGUGGCUCGGGAGAGUGGCCCACCGCACAUGAGGAACUUUGUGACCAAGGUCUCAGUUGGGGAGUUCGUGGGGGAAGGUGAAGGGAAGAGCAAGAAGAUCUCCAAGAAGAAUGCUGCCAUAGCUGUUCUCGAGGAGCUGAAGAAGUUACCGCCCCUGCCUGCAGCUGAGCGCACGAGGCCCAGGCUCAAAAAGAAAACAAAGCCCCCCGGCCGGCUGCAGACGAGCCCGGAGUAUGGGCAGGGCAUGAAUCCCAUCAGCAGACUGGCCCAGAUCCAGCAGGCGAAGAAGGAGCGGGAGCCCGAGUACCUGCUGCUCACAGAGCGCGGCCUCCCACGCCGCAGAGAGUUCGUGAUGCAGGUGAAGGUUGGAAACCACACUGCAGAGGGAACAGGCACCAAUAAGAAAGUGGCCAAACGCAACGCUGCUGAGAACAUGUUGGAGAUCCUGGGUUUCAAAGUUCCACAGGCACAGCCCACGAAGCCGGCGCUCAAGUCAGAGGAAAAGACACCAGUAAAGAAACCAGGGGAUGGAAGAAAAGUAACCUUUUUUGAACCAGGCUCUGGGGAUGAAAAUGGGACUAGCAGUAAAGAGGAGGAGUUCCGGAUGCCUCACCUCAGUCACCAGCAGCUGCCUGCUGGGAUUCUUCCCAUGGUGCCCGAGGUCGCCCAGGCUGUAGGAGUCAGCCAAGGACAUCACACCAAAGAUUUCUCCAGGGCAGCUGCAAACCCUGCCAAGGCCACGGUAACUGCCAUGAUAGCCCGAGAGUUGUUGUAUGGGGGCAGCUCGCCCACAGCCGAGACCGUUUUAAAGAAUAACAUCUCUUCAGGCCACGUACCCCAUGGACCUCUCACGAGACCCUCUGAACAACUGGACUAUCUUUCCAGAGUCCAGGGAUUCCAGGUUGAAUACAAAGACUUCCCCAAAAACAACAAGAACGAGUUUGUGUCUCUGAUCAAUUGCUCCUCUCAGCCGCCUCUGAUCAGCCACGGCAUCGGCAAGGACGUGGAGUCCUGCCACGACAUGGCUGCCCUGAACAUUUUAAAGUUGCUGUCUGAAUUGGACCAACAGAGUACAGAAACGCCGAGAACAGGAAACGGACCAGUGUCUGUGUGUGGGAGGUGCUGAACCUUUUCUGCCUAUGAACCAUUAUAAAAUCCCAACAUAUAUACUGAAAAUAUUGAAACUGCUUUGAAAAUGUGGAAUUUCUGAUACCUCCAGUGGGCCGAGAGACACGGUGGGUAAGAACGUGGGCGGCAGCGUGAGGAGGCGGCCGUGCUAAUUGGCUCCGACAGCUGUGCAGCGACCGCGGCCCCGCACCGCUGGGCAAGAAGGGCCUGCCGCGGCUCCGUGCUCCAGCACAGUGCUCAGUUUUGGGUUUGGUUUUUUUUUUUUUUUUUUUUUCCUUUUUCCUUUUUUUGCUGUGUGGAAGAAGAAACAGAAAACAGAAGGGAGGACGCCUUCUCAGACUGGCUCACACAAACACUUUGGGACAAACCCUGGACAGCCACGCUGGACAGAGGCCUUCCACCGGCCCCAGAGCACAGGCACCGAGAAAAUCCAAUGCUUCCUACUCGGCGUCACCCGAGCUUCCUAGCGUGCUCUCCCCGCCGCUCGUGCAGCCCACACCGUAACCACUGCUCUCUUCCUCCAGUGAUAGUGUUCUCAGUUCAUUAUUUUCUUCUCAUUGAUAUGACACUAUAUGAGAUUUUCAUGUGAGUUUCUCAGUUGUAUCUAGUUAUAUAGCACAGUUUAGAAACAAUAAUCUAGCCGGCAAAGAUCAUACCGUGUGUAUGUGGUUAUAUAUUUUUCUUUCAUUGUCCUAACCCAGGACCAUUUCAUUGAACGCAAAUUGUGUGCCCUCUGCUCUCGCUGAGACAGUCGCGAUGCCUCAGACCCUGAUGAAGUCUCCCACAGUUGUAUAAAUUGGACACUGUAGGAAUUUUAAACUUUAGACGAUCAUUUCGUUCCUUUUCUAUUUUAUUUUUGUUAAUGCAACAGGACUUAAACAAAUGAACUUUGAUCUUUGUUUUAAAGAUUAUUAAAAACAAUUGUGUCUACAUGUGGCUCUUGAGGGCGUAGCUUCACUACACUACAGGGUGUGGUCGCCGUGUGGUACUCGCACACCUGCAGGUUGGUUUUCCAUGAGUGCUUGAUACUGUUCAUUACAUCUCCAUGUAGGGCUGAAUAGAAUGACCCGUGUUUAUGUAUGCAGCUGUAUUGCUUUAGGUGUUGUUGCUGUACACAGAGUGUGUACCGAAGGUUCUGCGUGUGGUCCAGACGAAAGCGCGCUAGGCCCGCCAGGCCAGUACUGCUUCCGUCCGUGUUUACGCUGGAAUGUUCUCUCCCCAUGGAAUGUAAGUAAGACUUAGUGUUGUCACCAAUAAAUGGUCAUACUAAAUUUCUUUUGUUAAUUUAUUCUCAGAUGCCACUACUGCUAGGUGGACACCUCCCAACUCAACCCCUACCCUUUUUUUAUUUUUAAGAAAAAAAUUUAUAAUGCUUGUGAUUCCAUCUUGACAAAAAUAUGAAGAACUGAAAUAACUUUAUAUCAAACUGUUGAUCAAUAAACAGCUACUAAUGAA